UGCUAGCCUAGGCAAUAAUGUCUACUUUAUUUCAGAUUGCACUAAUAGCUGCUUUGUGUGGUUGCUUUGUUGGAGCAGCUAAACUGCCUAAUAUUGUAUUUGUGUUGGUUGAUGACUGGGGUUUUGCUGAUGUUGGUUUCAGGAAUCCAGCUAUCUCUUCACCUAACUUUGACGAUUUGGCUAAAACUGGUCUAAUUCUCAAUCGUCAUUAUGUCUUCAGGUAUUGCUCUCCUUCUCGUGCCUCCUUCCUAACUGGACGAUGGCCCCAUCAUGCUCAUCAAUGGAACAUACCAAGUUUUAUGGAAAUGGCUGGUACUAACCUUAACAUGACAAUGCUUCCAGCUAAACUGAAAACAGCAAACUAUGCUACUCAUAUAGUAGGAAAGUGGCAUCAAGGAUUCUUUGAUCCUCGAUACAUUCCAAUCAAUAGAGGGUUUGAUACUUCAAGUGGUUUUUUAGGUGGUGGUGAAGAUCAUUUUACUCAAUACAUACAGUGUUCCAUUGAUUAUUGGAAGAAUGAUGCCCCUGAUCCUCGUAAUGGAACUUAUGAUGCUUAUAACUAUCGAGAUGACCUGGCAAAAAUAAUAGAAAAUCAGGAUACUACAAAUCCACUUUUCCUUUAUCUUCCAUUACACAAUGUACAUGAUCCUUUUGAAGCUCCUGACGAAUGGUUGAAUAUUUAUCCAGUCAAUUCCACUUGUGAGUUCCGUCGUACCUAUCAAGCUAUGGUCAGUGUAGCUGAUAAUGUUACUGGA